CUUGCAGCAUUCGUUUCCUGUGCACCGGCGUACCAAUACCUAACCAAAUCCUCAAUCCUGCGUUGCGUUCCUCCCACAACCGACACAUCUCGUGGUCGGAAAGCUUCCAUGCGAUAAGAGGCCGCUUAGCGAUGCUACCCAUGCAGCGAGCCAUUCCCGGCUCUGCUCGCUCCAGCCUGCGCCAAGUGCACACACAGCCGUGGCAGCAGGCAACGCGAAAUAGAGCCAAUGCCAAUGCCUCCAUUCCAGCUCCGUUCAAAGCGCAGACACGACCCAUCACCCGCCAAUCCUCGCCAUCGAUAGCGAAGACUGUCCGACACACCUUCGAGCGGCCGUCAGCGAAGGACGUACAGGUCCAGGUCCGAUGGGCUUCGACGAAAGAGUCUGCGGCUGGUCCGAAGCAGUCUAAGAGCAUAAUCCUUCGCUAUGCCUACAAAGCGCUGGCCUCACUCGGCUUGUUCAUCGUUAUCAGCGGUGGACUGGUCGUCGCCUUCUUCAUCUACGAUGCUACCACAUAUCGUGAAAAUCCAGAUACCGCGGAGCUUGCCGUCUCAGAGCUGGCUUUGAAUCCGCGGAAGGGCGGUCCCAAGAAUCUACCCAUCGCCGAGUAUUUUGUGGACGAUGAGGAGGAUUCGGGGAUGAGAGAGCAGAAGCACAAGCCAAAGCUGGUCAUUUUGGGCACAGGCUGGGGGAGCGUGGCAUUGCUGAAGGAGUUGAACGCUGCCGAGUACCACGUCACAGUCGUCUCGCCUUCGAAUCACUUUCUGUUCACACCAAUGCUUCCAUCCGCGACUGUGGGCACUUUGGAAUUCAGAAGUCUGGUCGAGCCAGUGCGUGGGAUCAUCAAGCGAAUCAAAGGUCAUUUCCUGAAGGCGUCUGCCGUGGACGUUGACUUUAGUAACAAGUUGGUCGAGCUGGAAUCUUACGACUCAGAUGGCGGAAAGCGGCGCUUUUACCUGCCAUAUGACAAGCUCAUUAUUGGAGUCGGAUCUACCACAAACCCACAUGGCGUCAAAGGACUAGAGCACUGCCAUUUCCUCAAGGACAUUUCAGAUGCUCGCAAGAUCAGAAAUGCUGUGAUACGCAACCUCGAAACUGCAUCUUUGCCCACUACCUCCGACGAAGAGCGAAAAAGAUUGCUCUCCUUCGUUAUUUCUGGUGGCGGUCCUACUGGAGUCGAAUUUGCUGCUGAGCUCUACGACAUGCUGAAUGAGGAUCUCACCAAGUUCUAUCCCAGACUUUUAAGAAAUGAGAUUUCUGUGCACGUCAUCCAGUCUCGUGGCCACAUUCUCAACACCUACGACGAAGCUCUCAGCAAAUACGCAGAAGAUCGCUUGGCCCACGACGACGUCGACGUGCAGACCAACGCACGUGUAAAGGAGGUGCAAUCAGACCGAAUACUUUAUACUCAAAAGGACGCGGACGGCAGCGUAAUCACGAAGGAACUUCCCAUGGGCUUCUGCCUGUGGUCUACAGGAGUUUCGCAGACUGAAUUCGCUCAGAACAUCGCCAAGAAAUUCGGCAACCAGAACAACCGCCACGCUCUUGAGACCGACACUCAUCUGCGUCUCGCAGGCGCACCUUUAGGCGACGUCUACGCAAUUGGUGACUGCAGUACUGUCCAGAACAAUGUCUCAGACCACGUCAUUACGUUUCUGCGUACAUUGGCCUGGGAAAAAGGCAAAGAUCCAGCCACAAUGCAGAUUACAUACCCGCAAUGGUGCGAAGUUGCGAAGCGCGUCAAGGCGCGUUUCCCGCAGGCAUCGGACCAUCUCAAGCGACUUGGGAAGCUCUUCGAACAAUACGACAAGGACAAGAAUGGCACUCUAGACUUCGGCGAGCUCAGUGAACUCCUUAAGCAGAUCGAUAGCAAGCUCACCUCUCUGCCAGCAACAGCGCAACGCGCCAAUCAGCAAGGUGUCUACCUCGGACGCAAGCUCAACAAGCUAGCACGCGCUGAGUAUGGCAUGAGGUUGAACGACAUUAUCGAUGGCGAUGUCGACGAUGCCGUAUACAAAGCAUUCGAGUAUAAGCAUAUGGGCAGUCUGGCAUACAUUGGUAACGCAGCAAUCUUCGACUUCAAUGGCCAUGGGUGGGGCGGUGGUCUGCUCGCCGUGUAUCUCUGGCGUAGUAUCUAUUUCGCGCAGAGCGUCAGUCUACGUACGCGUAUGCUGCUUGCGAUGGACUGGAGUAAGCGAGCAUUGUUUGGAAGAGACAUGAUGAAUUACUAAGCAUUUGCAUGAUACAGCUGUACAUCUUCCAGAGCCCUGGUAGCGGUAACUAGCGCGCUGGUCCUAUUGCAAUAGGUCAAUUACCUAUCUUGUAUCUCAGGAUUGGACGAGACCUAUUGAAUAUUCGAACAACCAUGUAUGUCGCGAAGCAGAAAACGGAACUCGGUGCUCACCUUCUAUGUCCACCUGUUCCGUGAGGGCUGACAUCCAGAUAUGGCUUGUGUUGCUCGGGCCGUGAUAGCGUUUUCGGGAAACAUGCUUAUUAGCAGCUCGCAAAGUAUCCUCAGGUUAUGAGGACUUUUUUCGCAAAAAAAUGGAGACGGCGCGCACACCACUGAGGACACUGAUUCUUUGUCGAGUAUAUAGUCUAUCACGAUUCCUGGUGAUCAACG